AGUAAUAUAAUUAUCUAUCACGUUUUACCGAUUCAGUUAGCAGUCAGACUUCGUCGCGGAUUCUUGUUUACGUAAAACUAAAAAGCUGACCGGCGUUUAGUGUAAAUAUUUACAACAAUGCAGCUCUGUCUUAUUUUGAUUGCGACCGGUUGCGCUAUUAUCAAUGCCUCACCUAGCAAUAUGGCUAAGUUAAACGCUAUAAAGUUUCCGGAGCACAUUGAUGAUGAUGUACCAGAACCAUGCAGAAAUCUCACCUAUUGCACGAUACCACCGAAAAAUUAUCCAUUUAAGGAGUUCAAUGAGAUGUUCAAAUUUUAUAAACCCGCCCCACAGCCAAAGCUAGUAUUAUCACCAGUUAGUAUUAAUACUCGAGGAGAAUUUGAUGACGAUUGCGAAACGAAAAUAUCUUAUGAACCCCUAUAUACGGUGCGUGAAAAGCGUGGUGAUCAUAAAUGGCGCAAUGUAAUACAGGCGUCUGAACACGAUUAUAUACAGAGUGUUCGCUUGGAGACUUGCCAAAAUACGGAAGCGACAUGUUUCAGCCAUCUAGAGGAAUUACAGGACUCCUACUCAACCUAUUGCUUUCAAAAGUACAAUGUUUGGAAGGUGUUGGUGGAUAAACCGGGACAUGAUCCAGAGGAGAUCGAGACAGAGUUGCCAGUGUGCUGCUCUUGUCAGUAUAAAUCAAAGCAAGUGGUGUAACCUGUAAAGGCAAAAGUAUCAUAGAUUAUAAACACUUUGCGGUUUCGAAUCUGUGCGGAGAGAGCGGUCCUCUUUGGAUUGCUAAAUUGCUUUUUUAUGUUGACAACACCGUUGUGUCAUUAUAGUUCGAUAAUGAUCUUGAUAAUUAUGAAAAAAUUAAACUAUAUAAUUUUUGUGAAUAAAUGACUCCUAGCUUAGUCCUAGUCCCCAUAACUUCCACGCUCUUUCUGCUGUUAAUCGAAUUUUUAUGGGAAUACCACGUGACCAAGUGUGGACUAAUGUAUUUGCCAUACAAAAGAAAUUAACAUCAAUACGAUAAUGUUAGUUUUUGACAGCUUGAUUUUCAUACAAUUUGUAAAGUUUGGAAUAAUUAAAAUUGAACGUCCUGUAUGCGGUUCCAAAUACGCCCUCGAUGCGCCUCUUAAAUAUUCCGUACAAAAACCAUCGUAACCGUUUAAUGGAAUUCUGUAUAGUUAUUACGAUUAUAUUAUGCUAUUCAUGCUGCAUAUUCAUGCUAACGGGUCAAACCUGUCGCAAAAUACCAAGAGCGAAGUAUACUACAUUAUUCCAUCAAAUAUGGCCUUAGAAAAGCCAAAAGUGCAUUAUAGUAUUAAUUAAAAGUAUUAAACGUGUACAUUAUUUUUAAGAUUAUUUUA